CGACUUAACCCGCAACUACCUUAACGGUACUAUCCCUCCAGAAUGGGGUUCCAUGAAACUAGUGAACAUCUCCCUUCUUGGAAAUCGAUUAACUGGUCCAAUCCCAAAGGAGUUUGGAAAUAUAAGCACACUUGGAACUGUAAGCCUCGAAUUCAAUCAGUUGAGUGGAGCAAUUCCUCCAGAGCUUGGGAAUCUUAAUCGCCUGGAGAAAUUACAUCUAACUUCAAACAAUUUUUCUGGGGAGUUGCCUGGAACACUUGCAAAGUUGACCACACUGAAGGACUUUCGGAUUGGUGAUAACCGCUUCACGGGAACGAUACCCAGUUUCAUUGAGAAUUGGACAAAUCUUGAAAAAUUAGUGAUUCAAGCAAGCGGCCUGGAUGGGCCAUUUCCUCAUGGCAUUGCGCUUCUGACAAAAAUGACUGACUUGAGAAUCAGUGACUUAACUAGAACUGAAUCAAGCUUUCCAACCCUUAGUAAUAUGACAUAUCUCAAGACACUGAUACUGAGGAGUUGCAACAUUGUGGGACAGUUACCUCCUUAUCUUGCGACACUGCCAAACUUGAAAGAAGUUUUUGGGAGCACCAUUGGUGCUUGCAAGCACCUCUUGUAUGCGACCUUGUUUGCCCCUGGAAGUUCAUAG